AUGCCGCCACAACCACGUGCGCCUGUCUCGACUUCCGGGUCUCCUUCCCGCUCCAAGACAGGCUGCGGCUCAUGCCGCCGGCGCAAGAAGAAAUGCGAUGAGACGCACCCCGUCUGUAGUGGCUGCCAGCGUAACAAUCUGACCUGCACAUGGCCCGAAAAAUCCCCCGAUAGCAGCAGCCCUGCCCUACAGAAACGACGGCCCCGACGGCGACAAAAUCUUGCAGACGGUGGCAAUCGUCUGCCGCCUGAGCUAGCCGCCAUGGUGACCGUAUUCGCGACGCCAAGUGAUCAGCUGGUUCGUCGGCUACUAACACAUUUCUCGCAUUUCGGACCAACAUGGCUCACGAGCCGGAUUGGGAACGGACGUACGCGGAUCUUGGGGCAUUUAUUCCCCGAGACUAUCGAGAGCCCGUUGAUUUCGAACUGUGUGUUGAUGGUUGCGGCGGGAGAUUUGGUCAAGUACGAACCGUUUGAUGUGCGGAUUCAGGCGGCCGCAGUGGAGUUCUAUGGGGCCGCGGUUGAAGGGCUCAGAGGGGCUCUUGGAAUGCAGAGAUCGAGGCAGGAUGUCUCUGACGUGAACCUUUUGGCUGUACUCUUAUUCUGUCUACAUGAGACCCAAAACUAUACUUCCUCAGAUCGCCUCAUCCCGCACAUCAAUGCCGCUGCAACGCUCAUCACGCAGCGCCUACACAUGGUACCAGCAAACUCCGAACUACGCAAAUUCCUGCUGGAAAUGUUUUGCUAUCAAUACUCCCUAACAGCUUUCACCCACGCUUCAUCCCUCUCACUCCACCAAGGCAACCAAAUCUUCGAAACCCCAGGCUUAAUGGAGUAUCUCCAAGGCGGGGCCAUCUUAGGGAUAUCACAGAAGGCACUAUUCGUAGUCUUCCGAGUCUCCCUUCUCCUAUCCCAAUUACCGUCACCCACCUCCCCAAAUGAAGAACUCGACCCCAAAACAAAAUCCAAACUCCUCGCCACAGAAAGCCAACUCCAAAUCACCCAGCCCCCAUUCAUCCCAACCCCAGAAAUGAAUACCGAAACCUUAAGCGACGGACUAGCAUUCGAAUGCUACCGCCUCGCUUGUCUCAUCUACCUCCGAUACACCAUUUCCCCAUCAACCUCCAUUUCCGAUCCCUAUAUUCAAUCCCUAGUCUCCCAAUUCAUCGCAUACCUAACCUAUAUCCCGGAAUCCCCGUCUGACGGAUUCACAUGCUGGCCUGUCGUGGUUGUGGGUUUAUGUGCCAUACAGAAAGAGCACCGAGCCGCUAUUACGACGAAGUUGAAGAACACGCGUGGUGGAGGGGCGAGGCUGAAGGGAAAGAAGGGCGUGGGAGAGGAAGGCCGAGUCUAA